AUGCAGAGAGACAGACCAGCAGAGACAGAGACAGACCAGAGAACAAGAGAGCCCCAGACAGGCCAGAGAAGAGACCCAGCGAGACCAGGAGCAGAGACCAGGAGCCAGAGCAGCAGAGAGCCCAGUGAAGAGAGAGACAGAGCAGAGAGAGAGCAGAGCCAGACACAGCAGCCAGAGUCCAGCAGCCAGACCAGAGAGACAGUACAAGAGAAGCGAGAAACGGGAGGGGAGAACACCAGAGAGGCACGAGACCAGACAAGAGAGCCGAGAGAAGAGAGGCCCCAUAGAAGCAGCACAGGCCAGAGAAGAGACAAGAGACAGCCAGCACAGCGAGCAGAGAGACACCAGAAGAUACAAGAGACAGGCAGAGAGACUCGGAGAGAGAGAGCAGAGACACGGCAGCAGCAGAGAGCCAGAGAAGAUGCAGUAGCAGCCAGAGCCAAGCCAGGAGAGCUAGAAGAGCAGAGCAGCAACAGAGCCAGAGAAGAGACCCGAGAAGACGCCCAGAGAGAGAGCAGAGGCAGAGACAAGAGAGGAGAGGAGAGAAGAGACAGAGCCAGCAGAGACAGAGCAGCAGACAGGAGCCAGAGCCAGAGAGACAGAGCAGAGACAGAAGCAGCACCCGCCAAGCAGAGACAGAGUAAGCAGAACCCCAGACCAGACAGAGAGACAGCACAGAGAAGAGAGCGAGCAGAGAAGCAGAGCAGCCAGACCAGAGAGCAGACAGACCAGAGUCAGACAGAGAGAGAGAGAGAGGACCCAGCAGCAGCAGAGAGAGAGACCAUGAGAGAGCAGACCAAAGCAGCAGAGAUGCCCAGCAGCAGCGAGAAAGAGACCAGACAUGAGCCAGAGCAGCAGAGACAGCCGAGACAGACCCAGAGACAGAGAGAGAGGACCAGAGUGUCAGAUUUACCGGGGUCUGCCCUGGGGGUCCUGUGCAGGAAACCCCCGGGCUCGCAAGCGUCGUGCGGAGCCAGUGAUCGCGCAGAAGCGGGGACCAUCGGAACCGCUCCCUGGGAAUAG